AUGGAUUUUCCCAGGAUCGCUGCCAUGCUCGGCUCCAGCAACACCACCGUUGCGGACAACAAUUCUGGGACAGAUUUGAUGGAAGUGGUGACACUGAGCACGGUUCUGAUCGGCUUUGGUACACCGAACAGCGUCAGGAACUACACGAGUUCAGGCGCAUACAUCCAACCACACACCCCCGUGAGGAGCACCGAGGGGAAUUCGGUCCUCCAUGGUAUAGCCGUAGCCGUCCAAGCCCUGUUGCUCCUUGUCAUUUUCCUUCUCUCCAGUUUGGGUAACUCUGCAGUGGUCGUAGUUAUAAUCAAACAUAGACAACUGAGGACCGUGACUAAUGCGUUCAUCAUGUCUCUCUCCCUAUCUGAUUUCAUGACGGCCAUUCUUUGUUUACCUUUUUCCUUUGUGAUGCUCUUUAGUAAAGACGGCAUGUGGCUGUUUGGGGACCGUUUUUGCAUUGCAAAUGGUUUUUUCAACACUUGCUUCGGCAUUAUCUCCACCCUUACGAUGACGCUCAUCUCAUUUGACAGAUACUAUGCCAUUGUGCGACAGCCUCAAGAAAAGAUAGGCAGAAGGAAGGCCAUUCAGUUGUUGGUAGCUGUGUGGUUGUCGGCGGUAUUUUUCUCCAUCCCCUGGUACCUGGUAUUACGAACCUCAGGGCAGUUGGUGGUUCACAAGAGGGGCUUCUACCAUUGCAUGUAUGUGUUUCACACUGGCACGUCUCGAAUGGGAACUGCUUACAGCAUAUCUCUCAUUGCGGUGUGCUACCUCUUCCCCUUCGCCCUCAUGUGUUUCUGUCACUAUAACAUCUGUAAAACGGUUCGCCUGUCGGAGAUAAGGGUGCGGCCAGUGACCACGUACGCACACCUGCUCCGCUUUUACAGUGAAAUGCGCACGGCCACCACUGUGCUCAUCAUGAUUGUGUUCAUCAUCUUUUGCUGGGGUCCCUACUGUCUCAUGGGAAUCAUCACCGCCCUGGGCAAUUAUUCGUUCAACCCGGCCAUGGACACGGUCGCCAUCUGGAUGGCCUGGGCGAACGGUGCCAUAAACCCGUUGAUAUAUGUCAUACGGAACCCUAACAUAUCCUUGCUGCUGGGUCGAAGUCGAGGAGAGGGUUACAGGACUAGAAACAUAGCUGCGUACCUGUCAACGCAAACACAGGGCCGUGAGGUCAGAACGAGAGCAGACCGGAUCCGGGACCGGUACGUGAGUAGGCACGGAGCCAACAGCAGGCUCUCCUCCUCUAGCCCCGCGAAUGGGGGAGAGAUAGCCAUGUGGGCCUGCAAAAAUCCAGCCGUGUUCUUCUGUCGAGACGGACAACCCGACACUGUGUCCGAGCCAGCAGUGCCCAAAGUGGAGACCGCUGACACAAGUCUGUAG